UUAAAUUGUCUUUUGUAGUUUCCUCAAUUUAUAUUUGCAGAUUUCAUUUGUACUUAACUUUGUUAGGAUAUUAAUCACAAUAAUGUCUGUAGAUCCAAGACCCACCCCUCCCCUACGACAGACCGACUUUUUACCAAAUAGAUUUUCGGGUGACAAAAUUGACCGCGACCUAUGCACAGCUCAUUUUUUGACAUUUGAGGACUACUUGGAUGCCCAUGACUUUAACCCAACUGACCCUUCCCAAUUCACUGACGUUCUUCGGACAUUUAAAAGAAGCCUGCAAGGCCAAGCCAGACUUUGGAUUGAGGGCCAAACUUUUAGUAACUACCAGGGACUGAAGUCUUCCUUUAUUGGAAGGUUUAGCGGGACAAAAUCGACUUAUGCAUACGUUAGGGAGUUUAAUGACUUAGCUAUGACGACGGACGAAAGCGCAGAGAUGUAUUUACAGCGCGUUAGGCAAGCUGCGGCGCGCAUCGGCUAUGGGGAAACACAGAUACGAGACAAGGUCUUAUCCUCUUUACCACAUAAAUGCCGAUCAGCGAUUAUCAUGUCUCUUCCCGAGACAGCGGGCAGCGACGAAAUUGCGGCGAAAGCGCAAUGCUUUCUUGACCUGAAUGACUGCAGCGCUACUCGGACUGAAGUCAGUUUUUCGACUCAGGACGAAAUCUUACAACUAAGGGAUGAAAUUCACUCCCUAAAAAUACAACGUGAUGACAGACGAAACCGACCUCGCAGCCGAGAUCGCACAUGGCGAAGCGGCAGUCGCAGUCGCGAGCGCAGCACAAGCGCAGGACGUAGCCCUUACCGUACAGACAACCGCCCCUCCCAACGUCCCAACCAUGACAAACGACGGACUAUUUGUGACUACUGUCUCAUACCCGGACAUGUAUGGCGAGCAUGCCGAAUUAGACAAAGAGACAUGGAAGAAAGACAAAACAGACGUAGGACCACUAAUAACCGACAACAGGAUUUUUAGAGCGGGAGAAUGGGAAUAGCGCUCAUUUCGCAUCCUCCCCGACUUUUGGAAAAUCUAGACCAACAAUGACCGAUGACUCUAAAU